ACAUUUGGAAGAACAAGAAAAAGAAACCAAUGGAACUGACCCCUCUUUUCAUUGGUCUGCUGUGUCUGUCACCGACUAAACACUACUUUUAUCACAAAUAUUGACGUGUAUGUGUCCCAUGAGCAGUGGAAAAUGUCUACCCGGGCUCUGCGACGGCUCAGAGGGAAACAGCGGGGUCAGGAGGCCCUGGACCUCGGGGAUCUAACUUUGGGUGACAGCCCGGAGGAGCAGGCUGCGGCUGAGGAGGAGCAGCCAGACACGGCUAACGUGUCUCCCCCGUCUCACAGCAAAGCCAGCAGCCGAAAGGCAAAGAAAAACAAGACUCAGAAAAACGUCAGCAACAUUUAUGAAUUGAUAGGUGAUGCAGACAAUGAGGCAGAGCAGAUCUCAGCUGAUGAAGAGGCAGAGAAACCAGAUGGAAAUAAAACAAGUGGCACGGAAAAGAAUGAUAACAGAGACACCAAGGAACCAGCUCAAAAGCAAGAGGAAGCGUCUACUAAGUCUUUGUCCGGAGACAGAGUUAAAAAGAAGAAGAAAAAGAAGAAGACAAAAGUGACAUCAGAAAAUGGACAGGAGGCUGCACCAGACGAUAACAUUGAUUUACUGCUGGAGAACCUGGAGCACUCCAAUGGUCUGAGUUUACAAACCGAGGAUUGCGGAGGUUUCGACAGGAAAUCUGUGCUACAAGUUGAGCACAGGAACCUCAACCCAGAGACGGAGCUGAAGAGAUAUUUUGGGGCUCGAGCUGUUCAGGGGGAUCAGAGACCUCGACAGAGAAACAGACAGUUUCACCGUAGCACCUGGAUGACCAGUCCUAAGGACAGCUGGCCUCGCUUCAGCCGCCCAGGAAUCUCAAUGACCUUACUGCAGUCAAAGGAUGGCCUUCAGUACUUCACCUUCGAGCACAGUCGGGACUACCAACAAGUACAGUUCAAGUUCCUAGAUGCCGUUGAGUCCAUGGAUCCCAACAACAUUGUGGCAUUGCUACAGCUGAACCCCUACCACAUUGAUUCCUUACUGCAGCUCUCGGAUGUCUGCCGCAUACAGGAGGAUCAGGAGAUGGCCAGGGACCUUAUUGAGAGGGCUUUGUACAGCUUCGAGUGCGCCUGUCACCCUUUAUUUAGUUUGACCUCGGGUACCAGCAGACUUGAUUAUCUGCGACCAGAGAACAGGGCCUUUUAUCUGGCUCUUUACAAGCACAUGAUGUUCCUGGAGAAGAGAGGAUGCCCACGGACUGCUUUGGAGUACUGCAAACUGAUCCUGAGCCUGGACCCAGACUCUGACCCACUUUGCAUGCUCCUGCUCAUUGAUUACCUGACUCUGCGCUCCAGAGAGUACCGGUCUCUCCUGCAGUUAUAUCAGGACUGGGAGGAGCACAGAAAUCUGUCACAGCUGCCAAACUUUGCAUUCUCCACUGCUCUUUGCCAUUUCCACCUCAGUCAGCAGGAAGAUAUGGAUCCUGAAGAAAGCAACAAAGAAAGGCACAAAGCUGACCAGAAGCUGCAGAACGCCCUCAUCAUGUUCCCUGGAGUCUUGAUUCCUCUGCUGGAUUUGUGCACUGUGCAGCCGGAUGCCACAGUCACCUCACAUGCCUUCUUUGGCCCAAAGAGCCAAUUAGGGCAGUCCCCAGCCCUGGCUGAACUGACGGCUCUGUAUGUGGGAAGGACUCACAGCCUGUGGAGGGAGGCAGCAGUAAUGCUGUGGUUGGAAGAGUCUGUGAAAGAGGUGCUGCGUCGAGUCGAUGCCAAAGACCCUCUGGUGGAGGACUGCCAAAACAAGAGGAAGCAGAGGUACCAGAGUGCGCCAAGGAACAUCCAUCGUCACGUCCUCCUCUCUGAGAUUAAAGAAGCCACCUCAAGUCUGCCUUUCGAGGUGACCAGUCAACCUGUGAUGGGCUUUGACCCUCUGCCUCCGCUGGAGUCAGUGUUGUCGUACACCCGACCAGAGAGGCAGCAUGUUGGUGCAACCAAUGAAAGCACAUUGUCGCUGUUUUUCCGGUCUCUGCUGCCAAACUUCAACCUUCAGGGUGGACCGAGGCAGGAGGAUGACAUGGAAGUGGCCCGCGCCGGUCAGGAGCUGAACCAGGAAGUGAAUCGUCUAAUGGUGGCAAUGAGGGACAUGCUGGCAAACAUCAGGUUUCAAGAGCCCCCGAGAGAGGACAACCCCUACAGAGACGAUGAGGAGUGGGACUGAGAGAGGAGGGAGACAGGUGGAAACAACAUGACAAUAAGAAAAAAGCAAAUAUUUAAUGGUGUUUAUAAUAAUUAAAGUAUUAAUUAAAAAAGAUGGAGUGGCAAAACUGAACAGUUUUUUUUUAAUUGUCACAAUUUUAGAGUGCUCAAGUGAAAAGAAGAGAUGACUUAGUGUUAUGAGCCUGUCCACUUCUCUGCUUUGGUGGCAUUGAUUUUUAAAGACAAACCACUGGAACAGUCCAGCCACUUGUGAACAUGUGGAACAUUUCCACCAGAGUCUGGAAACAGAUUGGUUAGUUGAACCUAACAUGUUGCAUUUGAAAAAAACAUUUAGCUGUUCCAACAUGUCCGAUCAUUUUCAGUGGGCAGCGCUAACACAUAAUGGGCGCUACUCUUCCCUCUGUGGUUUCUAGCUCUUAAAGUUAUUUAAUGUUUACAAACAGUGGGUCGAUUUAUUAAGUAUGAAGUUGAAAUUGUUUUAUAGGUUCAGUUGAAGUUAUGCAUUACAAAGACAGCACUUUGAUGUUUAUUUUUUGCCACAGAAUCUGAAAGAAAGAUAUUAUUCUUGUUCACUGAGGCCAACUGUUAAACGAAUGAUUGGGAAAUUAGUUCAAUACAUUUAAGAUCAUGAAAGGUGAAAACUGAAGGCUAAUUCAUCAUUUUGAACACACUUGUUGUUUUACUUGAACAUGGAAAUAUUUUGAAUCUGUUCAGCCUCUUUUUACAAAUGGAAAAUGAACCUCUUU